GUAAAUUCUUUUCCCUCCAAACACCACCAUCCCAAAACCCUCUAUAUAAACACACCCUUAACUUAAUACGCCGUAGCUCAUAAAUUCCUUCUUACUCUAUGACUAUAUUGCUUACUUUGCACCAAUAGAACACCAUCACUGUUGAUCUUGCCAAUUUCACUUGAUUCCAUUAGCACAUCUGUCAGGGAGAACCGGAGAAGUCAAUGGUUUCAUAUGAUAAUUGAAAUAUCUGUUUGUAAUAUGAACCUCAAUUCAGCUGUGAUCAAUGGCAUGGCGGACACAUUUUUGUUUCAUAUUCAACUGCUUCUGAGGGCGAGGUUACAAUCCAAACAGGUUUCAGGAGAUCCAAACGCUUGUAUAAAAAUCCUGCCCCGUCAAACAAAGCUAGAAGCACCAAUUGCAAAGUUCAUCUCCCUGAUUUGCAAUGUUAACAUGAUGAAGCAACAAAUGAUGGAAAUAGGGUAUAAUGCUGACAAGUUGCCCCUUGGCAAACUGAGCAAAUCGACUAUUUCAAAGGGGUAUGAUGUCUUGAAGAGAAUCGCUGAUGUCAUUAACACACCAAAUAGAACCAUGCUUGAGAAUUUAAGCAGUGAAUUCUACACCGUCAUUCCUCAUGAUUUUGGCUUCAAAAAGAUGAGUAAGUUUACAAUUGAUACCCCUCAGAAGUUGAAACACAAAUUGGAAAUGGUGGAAUCUCUCGGAUUAAUUGAGGUUGCCACUAAGUUGCUGGAAGACCCCAUGGGCUUAAAGGAUGAUCCUUUGUAUUACCAUUAUCAACAACUUAACUGUCAAAUGACUCCAGUUGAGGUUGGGACUAAGGAGUAUUUAUUGGUUGAGAGAUAUAUGAAGAAUACACAUGCCAACACGCAUUCCCAAUAUACUGUGGAUAUUGUUAACUUAUUUAGGGUUGCAAGGGAUAGUGAAGGAGAACGGUUCCAGAAGUUCUCCAACACCAGAAACAGGAUGCUUUUGUGGCAUGGCUCUCGGCUCUCCAACUGGAUUGGUAUUCUGUCCCAAGGUUUACGUAUUGCUCCUCCAGAGGCACCUGUGACUGGUUACAUGUUUGGAAAAGGAGUUUAUUUUGCUGAUAUGUUCUCUAAGAGUGCAAAUUAUUGCUAUGCAAGCUCUAAUGCUAGGGAAGGUGUGCUACUUUUAUGUGAGGUUGCUCUCGGAGAAAUGAAUGAGCUGCUAACAGCAAAAUACGAUGCUGACAAAUUACCUACCGGGAAGCUAAGUACCAAAGGAGUUGGGGAAACUGCACCAGAUUUCUCAGAGGCUUGUACACUUGAAGAUGGAGUUGUUGUCCCCUGUGGGAAGCCGAAGAAGCAGCCAGACAUAAAGGGUAGCUUGUUGUACAAUGAGUACAUAGUUUACAAGACGGAGCAAAUUAGGAUGCGCUAUGUCGUUCACGUGGAGUUUAACUUUGGAAGACAUUAGGGCUGAUAUUUGAAAUUUAGAAUACUAUUACCACAUUAUUUAUUUAGACACUAUCUUUGAAAAUGAAAUGAUGUGUAAAAGAAAUGGAAGACCCGGCCUACCAUAAGGAUGUAUGUAGACAAACAAAACACAUGCAUUAAACAAUGCUCUAUGUGUAAAUGCAUCUAAGUAUUAAUGGAGUUGAAAGAUGUUAGAAAAAUGGAACCUUUGCAGGAAUCAUUGGUUCCCGGUCCUGUUCUUGGGUCAAACAAUUUUGGUUCGGAUUUUUGUUUAUGCUGUUUUGAGAUUGUC